AUGAUAUUUCGCGCAUCAAUUAUUCUAUUCUUCCUUAAGACUGAAGAUCCGAUGUUGAGAGAUCGACCUGAGGAGGCAAAAGUUUUCUCCUUCGCUCAAAUUCUAACUGCAAUGUUUGGAUCCUUUGCUCAUGGCGGCAACGACGUGAGCAACGCCAUCGGUCCUCUGAUUGGCUUGUGGAUUCUCGUCACCACUGGUGAAAUAGCAUCCAACGUUUCGACACCACUGUGGAUCCUAGUGUACGGAGGAGUUGGCAUCACGACUGGAUUGUGGAUCUGGGGUCGGAGGGUCAUAGAAACCAUUGGUGAAGAUCUUGCAACAAUUACUCCCUCAAGCGGCGUGGCAAUAGAGAUUGGUUCAGCGUUGACAGUUCUGAUUGCCAGCAAAUUUGGACUUCCAAUCUCGACAACGCAUUGUAAGGUUGGCUCUGUCGUCUGUGUAGGUCGUUUCCGCUCACGAGAAAAUGUUAAUUGGCGCCUAUUUGUCAACAUCCUUCUUGCCUGGGUAAUUACCCUUCCAAUUGCCGGAGGCAUCUCUGCUCUUAUCAUGUGGCUCCUGACAAGGCAUAUUCCCUACUGA